CGUAAAAAAUUCCCCUGCCACUUCGUUUGCUUCCUUUCGGUUCCUGACCGCUUUGUCGACAUGCAGUAGACUGAGCGUCCCAAUGUUCGUGGUUUCCUGAUAUAGUGAAUCCUUAUUGUUGGAUCAUUGAGCUCCAAGGUCUUCGAAUGAGGACCUAUGCCCAUGAUGUUGCAGUCGCAAAGAUGGAGAUACAUGGCUAUGUUCGCAGCCAGCACCUUUACUCUUCUUUUCUCGAUGGCUACAGUCUUUCACAGCGUCUCGACUCAUGUUUUCUCGAUAGAAGAGAGUUCUGAUAACCCAACCUACAGUAAGUAUCCAUUUGUAUGUGCCGCAGAGGACUACCCUAACCCGGGACGCGUCAAAGCCUUCAUAGACAACGACUUCCCAGAACUGAUGCCGAUCGACCUUCCUGACGUCUUCCUCACGAUGGAGGAGAGCCGACACUACGGGAUUUCAGGACUUGAUGACCGUGAAGAGUGGGCGUCUUCCGCUGCGUACGGUUUUGGGUAUUUACGCCUCGGUGAGGAGAAAAGGCGAUUUGCGAUCCGACAAAUGAUUCUUUGCAAUCCCGACCUUACGCUGGAGCCGGCAGAUAUGUUAACCCGAAACUACGAAAUCAAGCGGGUGGGAGCUACACAUGUCUGCAAAGACUGGUCAAGGGUGUACGAGGAGAUGGAAAGAAACGUGAAUGCGACGACGAGUCGAGAUUCAGACUCGCAGCAGUGAGAAAAGUGAUCAGUGGCUGUGAAGGGGGAUCGGGAUUUCCCGAACAUUCGAUCGAUUAGUUUCUUUUUUUGACGCUCGGACCUUGUACUUGAACUUCCUACAUAACCCUCA